CCCGCCCCAUGUGAAGCCUGAAAUGAACCGCGGGAGGUAUGGACUCAAAAAUCGAGAAACGUCAACGUCUUACUGGGGAAAGGAGAGAUAACCUGGGUUACUCGUUUAAUUUUAAGAAGUGUUUUCAGUGAAGCAAUCCAUCCUGGCGGAACAAACCCCUUCACAAUAUCCCAUUAGCAAGCUGACAGGCAUCACUGGGGCCCGGCUUGGGGCAAAUACAAGCGGGAUUGUGGAGUGGAGCCGCAACACCUGUUGAAGGAUAGAGGGAGAGAGAGCCACGGGAAGCAGUCAUGGAAGCCAGUCCGUUCAGCCGGAGGCAGUGGGCCUCCCAGUCCCUGCGCAUCACCGCCAAGGAGAUGUCGCUGGUCAGCACCCGCGGGAGGGGCAACGCCAUCGCCGAGCGCUUCUCCAAGUACCAGAGGGCUGCUGAAGAGGCCAGUGCAGACAAGAAGAAAGCGACUGUGGAUACCCUGCCCCCCCUGCGCUCAGGUAACCUGAGUGUUCUGAAGAAGCGCUGGGAGCAGCCCCUCAGCCAGACCAGGCCCGCGGCCCCGCCCACCGCCCCGCCCCGCGCUCGCCUCACGCCGCCGCAGCCCCCCUCCUCCUCCAGACCCGCCCCCAGGGCCGCCCCCAGCCCGUCAGCGGAGCCGCCGCUCUCUGCCAAGUCGCCGGGCACGCCGGGCAGCGGGAGCCGGUUCGUGUACCCCGCCGAAGGAGCGAGAGAACCGGAGGCCAUGGAGAGGGCGCAGAGGAAGACCGCGGGGGCGGAGGAAGAGGCGAAGUCCCCCGUGCUGCCCGUCAGCCCCCGGGAGAAGCCCAGCGUGCCCCUCACCAGCCUGAAGAGGAUGUUUGAGAAGGGAGAGGCCACUCACAAAGUGUCCAGAGAGCCUGGGAGGUUAGAAAGGAACAGCACCUCUGAGGACGAGGACCUGCGACCAGGAGACCGAGGCGUCCCAGACAGGUCGUCCACCCUGGACAGGGUGCGAGAGGUGACCUCCGUACGGGAUCGGCUGGCCAAGUACCAGGCCGCUGUGUCCAAAAAGGACCCUUCGCCUGCAGUUCACAAUGCGGAGCAGCUGGAGGAGGAGCGGAGCGCCCCCCGCGUGGACCAGAAGGAGAACGUGCCGCCCGUCAGCCCGGCUGGGAAUGCUGGAUCCGGCAGUAGGAAGGGCUCCACCACAGACAGCAAUGGCCUGUCCCCGAUCUCAGAGGGCCCCGCCGAGACUCCGGCCGCCCACGCCGGCAGCGCCGCGUCCCCGGACAGCGCCCAGCCCAAGGCCGCGAGGAAGUUCGGCCUGCCGGUGCAGGAGACCUGCGUGGCAUGUCAGAAGAGAGUGUACCCCCUGGAGCGCCUGAUGGCCAAUCAGCAGAUCUUUCACAAAUCCUGCUUCCGCUGCUGCCACUGCAACACCUAUCUGAGCCUGGGGAACUUCGCUUCUCUGCACGGCCAUGUGUACUGCAAGCCGCACUUCAACCAGCUGUUCAAGGCCAAGGGCAACUAUGACGAAGGCUUUGGCCACCGGCCGCACAAGGAGCUGUGGUCGCCCCGGGUGGAGGAGGACGAAGAGGAGGAGAGGGAGGGAGAGCCCCCCGCAGUCAGCCCGGCCGCAGUCAGCCCGGCCCCCGUCCGCCUGGCCCCCGCCCCCGCCACCGCAGCGGCGGCCCCCAUCCGCCCCGCCCCCGCCACCGCAGCGGCCCCUGAAGCCAAGGUGCCGAGCCCCAACGUGGAGGACUCUCCCAUCGCCAAGGUCAACGUCCUGGCGGCCGACCUGGAGACGCGGGCGCACAGCUUCGUCCCCCCGGCCGAGAAGCCAACCGAGAAGCCGGCCGAGACCCGGCGGCUGAGAAUCGCCUGGCCGCCGCCCUCAGAGCGGGGCCCCGGGGCCUCCUCCACCGAGGGGGGCCCCGCGAGGCCCUUCCGGGCCAAGUGGCCCCCGGAGGAUGACGGGGCGGUCCCCUCGGGCCAGAGCUCGGAGCGCUCGGAGCUCAAGAACCUCCGCAGGAGCGCCUCCCUGAAGGAGCGCAGCCGCCCCUUCUCGUUGGCCGUCUGCCGUGCCCCCGCCCUCGGCCCCGCCCCCAGAGAGCCACGCCGCCCAAUCAGGGGGCUGCUGGAGAGGAGGGGCUCGCUGGAGGCAGUGCGCUCGGCCCCCAGGCCCCACACCAAAGAGCCAGAGCCGGAGGAGGAGCCACAGCCACAAACAAAGGCGGAGCCAGAGCCAAAAGCGGAGCCUGACCCUGAGCCCCACAGAGAGGAAGUGACCACGCCCAGAGACAGCAUCGUGAACGGAGAGACUGCCUCUGAAGAGGAAGAGGAGAGCGGUAGCACACAGGAUGAAGGUGCCUCCUCCACACAGGGGGCCAAAGAAACAGCCGGCGAAAAGGAGGAGGCAGAAGUGGAGGAGGAGGAACAGGCGCCCUCCCCAAAACCGCAGGAGGCGUCCCCGGACGACCCGGCUUCACCCUCCCCCCCGCCGGCGAGCAAGCAGAACAGGACGUCCCAGGACGUGGGCUUCUGGGACGGGGAGGAGGCGGAGGCGGAGGACGAGGGCGGGGAGCUCUCCGUGGAGGAGAUGAUCAAGAGGAACCGCUACUACGAUGAAGAGGACGAGGAGGAGGAGGAAGACUAGGAGGGCUGAAGCGGCACCAUAUCCAGAUUCCAUAACUUCUCCGGGCGCAUAUUUCCUCCGCAAAAAAUCAUACAUUCCAUAAAAUUGCCAGUCAGACAGUUUUCGAGAUUUGCCUCCCCACCUUUUCCAAUUUCUCACAACUUGUGAUUUUAAUUCUUUUUUCUGAGCAACUGCUGCAAAGUCCGUCCACCUCCACCCCCCCCCCCCCCUUCUCUAGCUCUCAAACCCCCCCCGUGCUCACCCACAAGAGCGAGACAGCUUGUUUUUGUUUCGGCGCACACGUUUCGUGUUUGUUUUAAUCUGCCCAUUGAAAAAACUGCCACACUCCAGAGAACCAAGAACAAUUUUAAUCCCUUCUUUCCCAGAAUCCUGAACAGAAGGAAACUAUGCUCCUUACUGUACCUUUUUUCCAUAUUUGCCACAUUUCCAAGUUUGUGGGAAGAAGAAAAUGUUUUUGUACAUUUUUCUUUUGUAUGUUUUAUGCUGUAAGGGUUGACGUGUGUCUUUUAAAUCAAAAACUGGUACAUUUUUGCAUUACUAUAGCUUUUGUACAGUGGGGAGGGGAAUAUCGUCUCACGACAGAGGGCUCUGAACUUGAAACUAUACAUUUUAAUAAACCUUUUUUUGUUGUAUUUUAUAAAACUAUGGCCUUAUAAUCUUAAGCUGUGUAGUACAAUGAACUUGUGAUGGUCUGAGAUAAAGGACAGAGUACAGAGUUUCGUCGGAGGUGGACCUCUGUGAUGCUCACCUAUCCAAAGCAGUGUAAAGAGGGCACCCUAGUUAACCCUUUAAGGUGAAAGACCACAAAUAUGUGAUUAGAAUGUUCUUCACUUAACAUUCUAAUGCUGAUGUAACAAUCACCGGUGGUAAUUGAAAUCAAUGGAGUUCUAGAACACUGACUUAGAAUUUUGGGUAAAAAACAUUCCAAACAAAGGGUUAAAAUGGAUAGGAAGCAAACCUAACUCAGUCUUUAGUGCUCUAUGCAAACAAUGAAUUACUUUAGCGUUUUUCAGUUUGGGGGGGGGGGGUGAAUUAUGAGUGGGUUUGGCUGUGGAGUGCGUGUGUGAGAGAGACUGGGCAUGGUAAACUGUGGAUACUGUACAAUUCUUUUCCUUCCUGAUAAGGAAACAAAUUCAGCAUUUUUAAUCUGAACUGUAAGAAAUGAGAACAAGAGUGAUCUGAUCAACUUGAGUCCAAGAGCUGAACACUGUAAUCCUUUACUUGCAACAUGAAGACAUCGUGAAAUAAGACUGUUCAAACAAGUUCAUCAUCGCCUAUCCUGAAUACAAUGUUAUUUAUACAAGAGUCACAUAUCCAUGUGUACUGCAGCAGGCUAUAUUUGCACAUUAAGAUUUAUGGUAUAAAAUACCCUUCUGUUGUCUUAAAUUCAUACCGCCAGGCCAAGAUGAAUCUGUAACCAGGUCUGACACUUUCCCAGUGAUAGUGUAAUGGGCAUUUAAUUGGUUUUGUUUUUCCCACAUCUAUGAAAUAAAAGACGAAAAUACGCA